UUUAAGGAAUAUAUCUAUAGUUUAAUUGUGUAAACAAAGGAAAUAUUAAAAUAAAAUUGUUCACUACCAUAAAUAUUUGUCGAAGAGUAGGAGGGGUAAAUUAGACUUUGAAUUAGAUAAUUAAUGCUUGAAUCUGUCUAAAAAUAAGUGAACCUAUUUAGUGAAAUUUUGGAGGGUAUUAUGUAUAUCCAUAUUCUUACCCCUUUGUCUACACAAAUCACCACCACCUGUUGAGCUGUUCUCUACCUUAAUAAACUUUCCGAAACUGCCGAAAACGUGCUUUUUUUUCUUGUUUCUAAGUUUACUUUGAAGAUGUGAGUAGAGAGUGUGGGAGAAAUGAGGCCCAAAAUUUAUCUGUUCGGCGACUCAAUCACUGAGAUGUCGUUCGGCGACGGCGGAUGGGGUGCUUCUCUCGCAAAUCACUUCGCUCGCCAGGCGGAUGUGGUGUUGAGAGGGUAUGGCGGUUACAACACCAGAUGGGCUCUCAAGGUCAUCCACAAAAUCUUUCCGGCCACCGGCGAAGCUCCGCUCGCGGUCACGGUGUUCUUCGGCGCCAAUGACUUAUCGCUACCGGACAGAUACUGCGGCUCUCUACACGUGCCGCUUGAUGAGUACAAGCACAAUCUUCUCGCCAUUGUUGCCUUUUUCAAGAAGCAAUGGCCGUCCACGCGCAUCAUCCUCAUCACGCCUCCUCCAAUCGAUGAAGAUGCACGUCACCUAAAUCCUUUUGACAACAACUCUUGGGGGCCGCCGGACAGGACAAAUGAGGUAGCUGGUCGAUAUGCCAAACACUGCCUCGACGUAGCAGCUGAAUGUGGGCUUCCAGCUAUCCCUCUCUGGCAAAAAAUGCAGCAACUUCCUGACUGGAAAAAGGCUCUUUUGUGUGAUGGCCUGCAUCCCACUCAGCAAGGCAAUAAGUUUGUAUUUGAGGAAGUGAUUAAUCUACUUGCUCAAGAACAAAUAAGUCUGGAGACGCUGCCAGCAGAUUUCCCGCUCAUAUCUGAGAUGGACCUUAACGAUCCACUCAAGUCGUUCGCGAUCUAAACGGAGGACGACGACCUUUUGCUCAACCUUUAAUUUCUGCUCACAAAGAUCGAUUGGAAUAAUAAAAGCAAGCUUAUAUGUGUUGUUCUUGUCUUCUUCCUUUUGUACACUUUAAUCUAUCGAUAUUAUAAGUUGCUACAUAAGUACUGUGUUUGUUGAAUAUUGUUAUGUUAAUAUAAUCCCUUUAUCACAA